GAUUUGCGCUGCGCAGUCUCUUCUCCCGGAUGGGGGGCGGGGGUGGCGCGGGCUGUCACCCGCACCGAACUGCUUUCCCGGCUUGCUUUCUCUUUGCCCGGUAUUUGGCGAGGGAGACAUGGCACCUGCAGCAGGAGCUGAGCUAGUGGCCUUGAUCUGAGGAGGGGUGGUGGAGAGGCAGCGGGAACUGGAGCCUUUAAUCCUUGGGGGCUCCUCUACUCUCUCUCGGAGGACCCGUGCUGGGCUCAGGCCCAGUUCCCUACCGCGUCUCGGUCCUGGCUGGCUAGCAGGCGCCCCUGACCUUGGUCUCUCCCCGGUGCCAGGUCUGCUCAAGGACCAUGGGCGCAGCGCUGGGAACAAGCUCGCUGCUGGCUCUCCGCCCCGGCCAGGCCUGCGGCUCCCUCGCGCGCUGGGCACCCUGUGUGUCCGCGCGAACCUGCUAUUCCAGGUCUGGUCAAGCGCGCCCUGUGCCCCUGAAAAAGCGAGGAUACGACGUCACCAGGAACCCGCAUCUCAACAAGGGAAUGGCCUUCACUCUGGAAGAAAGGCUGCAGCUUGGCAUCCACGGCCUGCUCCCUCCUUGCUUCCUGAGCCAGGAUGUCCAGCUCCUUCGGAUAAUGAGAUACUAUGAGCGGCAGCAGAGCGACCUAGACAAGUACAUCAUUCUCAUGACACUCCAAGACCGGAAUGAAAAGCUCUUCUACCGUGUGCUGACGUCAGAUGUGGAGAAGUUUAUGCCCAUCGUUUAUACACCCACUGUGGGGCUGGCCUGUCAGCACUAUGGCCUGACCUUCCGCAGGCCCCGUGGGCUGUUCAUCACCAUUCAUGACAAGGGUCACCUGGCAACAAUGCUGAAUUCUUGGCCAGAAGACAAUAUUAAGGAGCUGCUCCGAGACCCUUUGUACAUAGGCCUGAAGCACCAGCGUGUGCGUGGGAAGGAAUAUGAUGACUUGCUGGACGAGUUCAUGCAGGCUGUGACAGACAAAUUUGGAAUAAAUUGCCUCAUCCAGUUUGAAGACUUUGCCAAUGCCAACGCUUUCCGCCUGCUCCACAAAUACCGCAACAAGUACUGCAUGUUCAAUGAUGACAUCCAAGGCACAGCAUCUGUUGCUGUGGCAGGGAUCCUAGCUGCUCUGCGAAUCACCAAGAACAAGCUCUCUAAUCACGUCUUUGUUUUCCAAGGUGCAGGUGAGGCAGCCAUGGGCAUCGCACAUCUCCUUGUGAUGGCUCUAGAGAAAGAAGGAGUAUCCAAGGCAGAGGCCACAAGAAAGAUCUGGAUGGUGGACUCCAAGGGGUUGAUAGUCAAGGGACGAAGCCACCUCAACCAUGAGAAGGAGAUGUUUGCCCAAGACCAUCCUGAAGUGAACUCUCUAGAGGAGGUGGUGAGGCUGGUGAAGCCUACAGCCAUCAUAGGUGUUGCUGCCAUCGCAGGAGCCUUCACGGAGCAGAUUCUGAGGGACAUGGCCUCCUUCCACGAGCGCCCUAUCAUCUUUGCCCUGAGCAACCCCACCAGCAAGGCCGAGUGCACAGCUGAGAAGUGCUACCGGGUCACUGAGGGCCGAGGAAUUUUUGCCAGUGGUAGUCCUUUUAAGAGCGUGACUCUGGAGGAUGGCAAGACCUUCAUUCCUGGGCAGGGAAAUAACGCCUAUGUCUUCCCUGGAGUGGCACUAGGAGUCAUUGCCGGCGGGAUCCGGCACAUUCCAGAUGAGAUCUUCCUCCUGACAGCAGAGCAAAUUGCCCAAGAGGUUUCUGAGCACCAUCUAUCCCAAGGGAGAUUGUACCCACCUCUCAGCACCAUCCGAGACGUGUCUCUGAGAAUUGCUAUCAAAGUCCUCGACUAUGCAUACAAACACAACCUGGCCUCCUACUACCCAGAGCCAAAGGACAAGGAAGCUUUUGUGAGAUCACUGGUAUAUACUCCUGACUAUGACUCCUUCACACUGGACAGCUACACUUGGCCGAAGGAAGCCAUGAGUGUUCAGACAGUCUGAUACAGUUUCAAGGGCUGCUGUGGAGCUGGAUGAAGACCAGAGAAACAUCCACAAUACAAAUUGAUUCCAAAACGGU